AGUCAUGUUGUGUUUGCUGCUUGGUGUAAUUGUGCUCUAGAUUGCUUGAAGUUUAUUUGUUAGCAGAGAGUUAAAGAUCGUGUAUAUGGAGAACAAUAAAAUAGGUCAUUCAAAGGAAAACAUGGUUGCCUCUAAACCCCCCUUGAUCCCCAUUUUGUCAUUUCAAAGUUUGCAAAAGACUUUCUAUAGGGAUGCUCCUGGAACUAGUAACUCUACUCCUCAAAAUGAAAAUAACAGGUUAGAGAAUCCUGCAGAUAUAAAUCCAGCUCUUGUUGCUUCCGAGUCAACUCCAAAACUAAUAGUGGAUCAAACUCAGGCAAAAAGCCCUGAUGCCGAUCUUAAAAAAUUACGGAGAAUGGAGUCUAAUCGGCUUUCAUCCCGAAGAUCGUGGAUGAAGAAGUUGAUAUAUUUGACCAAUUUGGAAAAUCAAGUAAAAAAUUUAGAGGAUCAAUUAGCUCAACUUCGACCACAAAUUGCUUCCCAUGAAUCCCAGAAACAGUUCUUAAUGCUAGAAAAACAGACAAUGCUCCAGAGAAUGGAAAUUCUUGAGAAAGAGAUAAACUUCAGAGAGUCUGAUCUUGAGAUGAAAAAAGAACAAGUGAAAUAUCUGAGGGAAUCCUAUCCGAUGAAUCAAGCUAAGCAAUUGCAAGAACAAUUUCUUAAUUGGAAUAUUGGUCUGCAGGAUCCAAUGUCCAAUGAUCCAAUCCCAAAUUGCUAUACAAACUCGGAUCAAGUUGCAGGAAAUUAUGAACUAGAGACUUCAUACAUGCCGCCUGCAGACCUAAGCCAGAUGUGGAUGCCUAAUGUUCCUAAUAUGAAUGAAGUGAACUUGAGUCUUCCCAACAACAUGGGAUCAAUGGUUUCAAAUGUGUAUGAAACCAACUUGAGUCAUCCCAACUACAUGGGAUCAAUGGUUUCAAAUGUGUAUGAAACCAACUUGAGUCAUCCCAACUACAUGGGACCAAUGACUCCAAACAUGGAUGGAAUGAACUUGAAUCUUCCUAACUACACAGGAUCAAUGGCUCCUUCAGAUAUGAAUGCAAUGCAAUUUAGUCUUCCCAACAACAUGGGACAAAUGGUUCCAAUCAUGGAUGAAACAAACUUGAAUCUUCCCAAUUUCAUGGGAUCAAUGGCUCCAGAAAUGAAUGAAAUGAACUUUAGUCUUCCCAGCAACAUAGGAUCAAUGGCACCAAAUCCUCCAAGUGGAACUUUCCCAAAUCCGAACCUUGAUUAGCCAUCACUUUACAUGAAAAUGUGCACUCUAUUUUGCAUAGGAUUUCUAUUUCAUGGAUCCUCUCAUGUUGGGCUUGAUUUAUGUUUCACAUGCAUGUUUCUAAAACCUUUUAGCUAUGUUGUUAGAUUUCCCAAUUUUAUGAUUGCUUGAAUAUGUGACUUUGAAGUUUGUAAUAGGUGCUCCAAGUGAUGCCAGGAGUAUAAAUAUUGAUGUAGUGUUCUACCAUCAAAUCUAAUGAAUGUUUUUCUUGUUUCCCAUAAGACUAUUUCCAUAUGAUAGAUCAAUUUAAAUUCCUUAUAUUUUCAUGCUA